GGAAUUUACGCAGCUUCGCUGUGCCCCGAACUCACUUGCAGAAGGAAAGAUCGAUGUGGAAACAGAAUGGAACAGCCUUGUGAAUGAACACACACAAAACGGCUGCAAGCCAGAACUGAUCAGUCCGUCCCUAGAAGACAGUCUUGCUAUUGGGAUGGCAGGCUGGUUCAAGGCCCUUCUGCAGAAGUCCAGGAACACUUCCAGCUCCUCAAAAUGCCACUUGAACAAUAUUUCUAAACAUUCACCUUCACCUCCUCCGUUGAGUAAUUCCUACACCCCUACAAGCAACUCGACAGCCAGCCCCAAACAGGUGCCCUCUGCCUCCCAGGUAAGCGUGAGCAUUUCAGGCAGCGCCCGCUGGAACAAGUUGUAUGACGUGUGCAUCUGCCACAACGAGGGCGACCUUGGGUUUGUGGAAGAGCUGGUCUCCUACCUGGAGAGCCAGCCGGAAUGCUUCCGUUGCUUCCUUCAGCCCCGGGACUCUGCUCCGGGGGGUGCCAUCGUCACGGAGCUGUGUGACGCCGUCCAGAACAGCCACUGCUGGGUGCUGCUCAUCACGCCCAACUUCCUCAAGGAUCCUUGGUGCCGUUACCAAAUGCACCAUGCUUUGACAGAGGCGCCCAUGGCGAACGGGCGCACCAUACCGGUGCUAAAGGACAUGGACCGCAAAGACUAUCCCCGGGAGCUCCGGUGCCUCUAUUACAUCAGCGUAACACUCCAAGAGACCAGCUUCAGGCAAAUCAGAGAGACGGUGCUGCGCUAUCUUCGAGAGCUCUGUCAGAACACAAGCAGUAGAGGCGAACAGGACAUCCUUCAACAGAAGAAAUAAAGGCUGGGCCAAACGAGCAUCUUGUUGCACAACUGGGAUUGCCAGGAAGUGGGGACCCUGUGACCUUCCAGAUGGUGUUGGACCUCUCAUCAGCCCACAUGACAAUGGCCAAGGAUGACAAAGUCUGUAGUCUAGCACCAGAAUUUCUCCAUCCCUGUUACAGCCUAUGGAAUGGGUGUCUCAAUGUAUUAUUUGGAUGUUCAGUUUGUUUUUCAGGCCACUUCGCCAAGAAGCAGAGAUAAGGGCAGACUUUUUGCUGUCGAUGCCCAUUUUUGUAAUGUUAUAGAAUGUGAUUUUUGUGUGUUUAAGUCAAAACUUAAUUCAU